GUCAGAUAAUACUCCGACAGUCCAACAUUAGUGUGACCGGACCCACAUGGCACUUGGUUUGAUUUUCUCUUGAACUCUGCUGGUUCUUGGGAAGCUUUACUCUGCUCCUCUUUCUCAGACACCGUCGUCCCGUUGGAAGUAGUCGGAGCAGACGCGGCAGCGGCACUCUAGCUCUUCAGCAUCCUCUCUCACAAACUUCUUGGGUUUUCUUUUCUACAUUUCUUUACUCUAUAGGGGUAUACUGGAUACAGUCCUAUCCCUUGGCAUUUUUUUUUUGGGCACCAAGUGGACGCUCUUGGACUCAGACCCACAUUCUUACACUUGCAAGUCCCGAGAUUUUACCACUACACCAAGCAGUGGCCCCUUUCAACAUCCUUAUCCUGGUUGUCAUCUAAAAUAACUUGUAGUUGGAAGCUACUCCUUUUAACGAAUCUUGGUUUUCUCUGAGUUGCCAUUCUUCUUACAAGUUGGAUUUUCCAAAGUGUUGUUGCAACACGUUUAUCUUAUCUGAUGGAAUAUAAUUCCGAAGAAGACUCUGAUAUAAGUGAAUCCGAGAUCAAUGACUACAAAGACAAGCCUUAUGAACAACUGAAGGCUGGAAUGCACAAAGUGAAGUAUUCGGAUGUUGCCUUUAGAUGUCCCUUCUGUAAGGGGAGGAAGAAACAAGAUUAUCGUUACAAAGAUCUCCUUCAACAUGCUUCUGGAGUUGGUAAAGGUUCAUCUAAUAGAAGUGCAAAACAAAAGGCAAACCACCUUGCAUUGGCAAAAUACUUGGAAAUAGACCUAGCUGAUGCACCGGGCCCAUCACAGCCUGUCACUGAACUGAAACCAUCCGAGCAUCCUGAACAUGGUGAUUUGUACAUUUGGCCUUGGACUGGAAUUGUGGUUAACAUUUUGGCCAAGCAGAAUGAAGAAGGCAGAGCGAGUGGAAGUGCAAAUUGGCUUGCAAAAGAACUUUCUAAAUAUAGACCUUUAUCGGUUCAGACUUCAUGGAGCCAACAAGACCAUACUAUGUUUGCCAUAGUAGAUUUUGGUAAAGAAUGGACAGGAUUCAGGGAUGCGAUGGAAUUUGAGAAAGAUUUUGAAACUGAUCAUCAUGGUAAAAAGGAGUGGAGUGAGCAGAGGAUGCAUCAUGGAUCAAACAUUUAUGGAUGGUUUGCACGGGUAGAUGAUUAUAAUUCAGAAGGGCCAAUUGGGGAUUAUCUCCGCAACCAGGGAGAGUUGAAAACCAUUUCUAGCAUUGUCCAAGAAAAAACACAGCAAGAGAAUAGUAUGGUAGCAAGCUUAACCAAUGUACUUGAUGUUACAAAUGAAAAUAUAGAUGAAUUGCAAUCCAAGUGCAAUGAGAAGAGUAUGUCCCUGAGUAGGUUGGUUGAAGAGAAGGAAAGGUUACACCAAGAAUACAAUGAAGAAAGGAGAAAGUUGUACCGCAUAGCACGCAAUCAUACUCGUAGAAUUAUUGAAGAGAGUGAUAAAUUGAGGGACAGUUUGGAUUAUCGGAGAAAAAAUCUCGAACAACGGCAGAAAGAACUGGCUAAGCUGGAAGCACUAAACGAACGCGAAAGAAAAGGACUUGAUGAGGAGAUGCAAAAGAAUGCUGUGAAAAAUAAUUUACUUCAAAUGGCAUCAAUGGAGCAGAAAAAGGCUGACGAAAAUGUCUUGAGGCUGAUGGAAGAGCAGAAGAGGGAGAAAGAGGCUGCUAUGAAUAAACUACUGCAACUGGAAAAACAAUUAGAUGCUAAACAGAAAUUGGAAUUGGAAAUUGCAGAGUUGAAAGGAAAGUUACAAGUGAUGAAGCAUAUGGAAGGUGAAGAUGAUAUUGGAAUCCAGAAAAAGUUGAAAGAGAUGGCUGAUGAACUGGAAGAAAAAAUGGAGGAGAUGGUAAACAUGGAAGAUCUAAAUCAAACUCUUAUAGCCAAAGAACGGGCAAGCAAUGAUGAACUUCAAGAAGCUCGUCAAGAACUAAUUUCAGGUUUGACAGAUAUCUUGGCUGGUCGGACUAACAUUGGAAUUAAAAGAAUGGGAGAGCUUGAUGAGAAACCAUUUCAAGUUGCAUUCAAGAAAAGGCUUCCUAGUGAUAAAGCAGAAAUGGAGUCUACAAAACUCUGCUCUUUGUGGCAAGAGUAUCUCAGGGAACCAUCCUGGCAUCCAUUUAAAAUUGUUGAGAGUGAAGGUCAGGCCACGGAAAUAAUUGACGAAGAAGAUGAGAAAUUAAAAGUCCUAAGAGAAAAGUUUGGGAAUGAGAUCUACGAGGCUGUUGUUACAGCCUUGUGGGAGAUGAAUGAGUAUAACCCUAGUGGAAGGUACCCAGUUCCUGAGCUUUGGAACUUCAAGGAAGGAAGGAAAGCCACAUUAAAAGAGGUGAUUGAUUAUAUAUGUAAGAACAUAAAGUCGUGUAAACGCAAAAAAUGAAGGCAUAGAUACAAAGUUUAGUACUCAGAUCUCAAAUUUAGAUUAUAAUCCUUUGAACUGUUGGGUAAGUUGAUUGAACUCUACUUUGUGCUGAAUUGACCCAAUGUGCAUGUUCCAGUAUAGUUUCGCACUAAGUUCUGGAAAAAUGAAAUCAAUCAAUUAUUUAAGAGCUUCUGGAUC